AUGGUAGUCAACCCUGCUCACGUCAACCCGCUGGACUGCGAUGCAGUCUCAGAAAGCUGCCCCGUUCAAGCCUCAAUAUAUGGUUACUACCCUAGCAUAGGCUGGAACGCAUUCUUCGCUGCGGUGUUCGGCAUAUGUUUUUUCGUCAACUUCUGGCUCGGCCUGCGAUUUCGGACAUGGACUUAUAUGGCGGCCAUGUGCUGCGCAUGUAUAGCCUCCACUAUCGGCUAUGCUGGUCGCGUUACAAUGCACGAUAACCCUUUUGCAAAACUCGGUUUCCAAAUGCAGAUCUGUGCGCUUACAAUGUCGCCGGCGUGGAAUGCAGCGGCCCUUUAUCUUAUCCUGAAACACCUCGUCCUCCUCUUCGGCCGCGAAUGCUCGAGAAUACGCCCAAAAUACUACACUUGGGGAUUCAUCUUUGUAGACUUCCUGGCCUUGUCGCUUCAAGCCGCAGGCGGUGGAAUUGCAGGGAGUGCCGGGGACAACGCCAGCUUUCGAGAUGUCGGAGAUCGACUUAUGAUCACCGGUAUCUCAUGGCAGGUUUUGACGCUCUUGAUGUUUGCAGGCGUUGCGGCAGACUAUUUCCUUCGUCUGUCGAAAUCCUCUCAACCACUUCCAAAAGAAGCGCAAGCAUGUCUACAAGAUCGGAGGUUCAGGAUCUUUGUGGUCUCGCUGGCAUUUAUCUACAUCACGAUCUUUAUCCGCUGUGUCUACCGUAUUGCGGAAAUGGCUGGUGGGUGGCGCAACCCUAUCAUGCAAGAUCAAGCUCUGUUCAUAGGAGUUGAUAGCUGGAUGAUCGGAAUCGCCACGGUCUUGCAGACAGUUGUGCACCCAGGGAUAUUCUUCCCAUUUCUCUGUCGGUCAUCGAAAUUAAGGAAGUCGAAAAACCACAGUGAGAUUGCAAGCGGUGAAGCCGCGAGCGAGGACUCUGUGGAAAAAUCUGCGGUUUAA